CAGCGCCUCUACCGUCGCCCUCCCCUCCUCUAUCUGUUUAAAUGAGACAGCGCUGCUCGGCUGUGCGCUCUGAGUGUGUUUCACAGAACGGGCCGCUCUGUUAUGGAGGACUAACCGACUGAAAACGCCGCACAGCGCCUCUCCUGCCGCGCACCGAGGGCUCCCUCCAGGCCGGGAGGCUGUGGAUUCACGCCCGCUCCCCGCACUUUGUGGACCGUCGUGCUUCUUAUGGGAUCGGAAGGCGCAUCUCUGGCUCUCUCUGACAGGACGCGGGACUGCCUCCCUUAGAAUCAUUUCCCUCGGCCUUUUUCUGCGUCGCAGCAUUUUGGGAGAAAACGUGAUUAAACGGCCGGAAGCAGCGAGCCGAUCAUGGAUUAAUGCCCGAGUGAAUUCUCAUCUGAAAGGUUCCCAAUGUUGAACAUGUCCACCCCCAGUGAGCUGAAGUCUCCCUGCAUGACUCGCAAUGGUAUGGUGAAGUUGCCCCCCAGCCAGCCCAACGGUCUGGGCAGUGCGAGUAUCACCAAGGGGACGCCUGCUGCUAAGAACCGCCUAUGCCAGUCCUCCUCUGUGCCCUCCAUCUUGCCUCCUCCGCCGUCCUCUCUUCCUUAUCAUCACCAUCUGCAUCACUUGGACAACCCCGGGAUGCCUCAUACCACAGCACCUCUCUUGCCCUCUGACCUUGAGCCAGGGAAGCCUCUGGUGGGGCUCAAGCCAUCUCUUCGUCAGCUUCCCCCCCUCACUUUGCCCAAACCCAUACUACUGGAGCGUCAGCUGGUCCUGGAUGAGAAGCUCCUCAACCGACUACUCUGGUACUUCACCACGGCAGAAAAAUGUGUGCUGGCACAAGUAUGCAAGACAUGGCGCAAGGUGCUGUACCAGCCCAAGUUCUGGGAGGGGGUGACGCCCAUCUUGCAUGCCAAGGAGCUUUAUAACAUACUACCCAAUGGGGAGAAGGAGUUUGUCAGUCUGCAGGCCUUUGCUCUGCGGGGCUUCCAGUCGUUCUGCUUAGUGGGGGUUUCGGACCUCGACAUCUGUGAGUUUAUCGACAACUACCCACUGUCCAAGAAGGGGGUUCGUUCUCUCAGCCUCAAGAGGUCAACCAUCACAGACGCUGGUUUGGAGGUCAUGUUGGAGCAAAUGCAGGGCCUGAUGCACCUGGAGCUGUCAGGCUGCAACGACUUCACAGAAGCUGGCCUGUGGUCCAGUCUCAAUGCCAGGCUAACUUCCCUCAGCGUCAGUGACUGCAUCAAUGUGGCGGAUGACGCCAUCGCUGCUAUUUCCCAGCUCCUGCCCAACCUAUCAGAGCUGAGCCUGCAGGCCUACCACGUCACUGACACGGCCAUGGCCUAUUUCACAGCCAAACAGGGCUACACCACCCACACUCUACGGCUCCAGUCCUGCUGGGAGAUCACCAACCACGGCGUGGUAAACAUGGUGCACAGCCUGCCCAACCUGACCGCCCUGAGCCUCUCAGGCUGCUCCAAGAUCACAGACGACGGCGUGGAGCUGGUGGCCGAGAACCUCCGAAAGCUCCGCAGCCUGGACCUGUCCUGGUGCCCCCGGAUCACAGACAUGGCCCUGGAGUAUAUCGCCUGCGACCUGCACAAACUGGAGGAGCUGGUGCUAGACAGGUGUGUGCGAAUCACUGACACGGGGCUGGGCUACCUGUCCACCAUGUCCUCACUAAGAAGCCUUUAUCUGCGCUGGUGUUGUCAGGUGCAGGAUUUUGGUCUGCAGCAUUUGUUUGGAAUGAGAAGCCUCCGCCUGCUGUCUCUGGCAGGCUGCCCCCUGCUGACCACCACCGGGCUGUCAGGUCUCAUCCAGCUGCAGGAGCUGGAGGAACUGGAGCUGACCAACUGUCCAGGAGCCACGGCCGAGCUCUUCAAGUACUACGCCCAGCACCUGCCCCACUGCAUGGUCAUCGAGUAAGACGGCCCAGCCCUCAUCAGACUGACCGCCGUACUCCAACCUUCCUCCUCAACCCGUCCUCGUCCUUUUCACACCGAGUUGUCCCUGCAUCACUCCUCCUCUCCCCUCCCAGCCCAUUCCUCACCCGCCCCCCUACGCCCCCCUCCUCAGCCAUCUGAACGGACUCCCUCGCUGGCAGGCAGACUGAGAGGCAGGAAGGUCCAGGAUGGGACAUGCCACGCCCAGAGGCAUGGCGCCCCAAGAUGGUGGCGUGAAGAGCUUGGUGUGACGUCUUGUCUGACAGCAAGUUUCUUUUUCACAAUCAACAGAAGGCUGUUAGUCGGAGGAGAAAGCCUCUCUGUGGACUUGGAAGGAGUUUUUUUAAAAAGGGACGCGGAGGGGAGAGUGUGCACGCCCCACAUGCAACAAGGAGGGAAAGAGGAGGCUAAAGACUUUUUGUUCGAUGGAGAUGAAGAUUUUUUUUAGCUGUUUGAACUCAUAAGCUCAUACACUGCAAACACACUAAAACGUAUACUGUAUGUAAGUAAAGCAAAUAUAACUCCUGAAGAUCAUGAGUGCUGACACGUGUCAUCUCUCCUUGUAAUAUCCCCCUUGUUGCCCGUUUUUUUUUUUUGUUCCUCAGAAGGGAUCCAAGGUUUCCUUUCCUCUCGCUCAGUUUCAGACUCUGCAUUUCUGGACAGAAAACCACCAAGUAAAUAAGGACGGACCAUCUUAAUAUCUCUCUUUUUUUUUCUCCCUGCUUCUGUGUGUGAAGUGUGUGUGUCACUGACUCACAGCUUCCCAUCUUCGGGAUCACCUUUUACUCCCCCAUUUCUGUGUCUUAACUGAAAUCCAAAAAAAAAAAAAAAAUCUAACAAAACAAACAAAAAAAAGAAACAAAUGAGACAAAUAAACAUAAAAGAAGUCAAAAGAAGAUCUGAAAACAACUGUUUACAUCAGCUUUUUUUGUGGGGGUACGUGAGGGGUAGUUGCACGCUUAUUUGACUUGUUUGGUUCUUGCAAUCAUCUAUGGGCUCCUCUGUUUUCGUAUGACGGUGACAUGGGGGUGUAGAGACGCUGCAGACGGAUCCGCUUCGGGACUUUCAGUGACAUUUUUUUUUUUUUGCCACAUCUGCACUGCAGCUACUAAACACAUUCAGGUAGCAGAGGAUUUUCAGUCGAAGAAUUUUUUUUCACCCCCUCCAAACUUGAGGUUUGCGUUUCAAUGGUUUUGAUUUUUUAUUUUUUUUUCUCACCUUUUUCUAAUCAGAAAACACCUGAUGUUAGUGUUAUUUUAGAGCAUUUGAACUUGUGUGGCUCUGAUGCUUCUAGCACCACCGGGGGGGGGGGAUGCAGUUUGCAAAGCCAGAUUUCUUCAGCAGAUGAUACGAAGGCUCGGUGAAUUCAGUGUUUAUUAGAAGAACGUCUCGUCAACAGGCAGAGACUCGCUCUAGAAACCACAAUCAGAGGCUGUUUUUUGUUUUUGGCAUUAGGCUUUGAAGUGGUAGGAAAAACGAAGGUGAGAUGGAAUUUGUGUGGUAUAUAUUUCUGUUCUGGAUGUUUAUGACAUGGUUCUGUUACAAAGUGGAUAAUAGUAAAGUCGAUAGUGGAAUCUGGCUGUGCUGGUGUGUUCACUGACAAAACAAUGAAAAACCAAAAUGUUGAACACCAAGUAAGCUCCCAGAAGGAAUGAACUGUAAUAAAUGGUAAUAAACAUCUAAACAGCCAUCAGAUAUAAAUGGACAUCACUGAUUAAGUUUCCAAACUAUAAACUAAAAAGGUUUGAGAAGAAGAGUCCUCUGUUGUGAGUGAUUCAAUCUAAACCUUAAACUUCACACUUAAGCAUGUCAGUAUUCACUCUAAGACAAGGCUUCACUCGUACUUUAAAAGAAAAGUAAAGGUACAGAGAAGAAUAUUUGUCCUGUCUACAGUAGGGCUGAAACAUUUAAUCAGAUUAAUUGAUUAUUGAAGUAUUUGUGAUUGAUUAAUCGCUAUCUGGCCUUUGGAGUCGUCUCAAAAAAAAGCUCAUUUUCUAAAAGAACAACAAACUCAGAGCAGCAAUUAAGACAAAAUUACCCAAGAAAAUGUAGACAUUUGCAUUUGGAUGUUUCGGAAGCAGCAGGCGAAUCUUAAAGAGACAGAGACCCAAUUUCGAGGCGUUAAAUUACAAAGUCAAGUUACUUUGAAGCUAUAUUUUAUAUGUAGAGCAUUUUUAUAACAAAUGAAAUUAACAUAGUUACAUGAUUGUGCUGUGAAAUGGCACUACAUGAUAAACACAUAAUACUGGCCCUUUAAGUCUUUAUGCUGAUUGAUUCUGGUUUGAUUGAGAAGCGAACUGGAAAGGCUUCUUGCGAUGAUAAGUGCAGACCUUAGACAGUUUAUAAAAUCAUCUUAUAAACACAGAAAAUAACCUCCUACAAAUGUUCUAACAACAAGGGAGUAAACCCAACAUGGCUGGAUAAAGAGGUUCAGGGAAAAUGUGCAUAUAGAAGGUAGUGGUGAGUGGGGUCUCUGAGACCACCUAACUCUGACCAGUCAUUCCUUGUGGGUUCUGACCACGGUGCCUAACUGUUUUAAAGAGUUAGAGUCUGAGCCAGAAGGCCCUGUUGCUGGUAACGAAACACAGCCGAGGUCAUGAAUCCAUAUCACUAAAGCUUUGAGUCUCCCAGACAUUAGACAUGCUCAAAUAUAUCUGCUUCAAGGCAAAAAAGGAAAAGCAGUAACGUUUCCUGUUACUCUGGGAGUCGGCCAUCUUGGUUUCUGGACGGGUCCACCGGCGCUCCUCUGUCCUCCCUGAUGGAGUCAGACCAGAGUCGGGCAGCAGAGUGCUGAGCGCCGUGAAGCAGGGUGGGGGCCCAACCCCACGCAUGUUUUUGCCUGGAGACAGCUAAUUCUAGACGUUCAGCAUCUCAUUGGUGUACAGACAUUUAUUUAUUUAUUCAUGUAUUUAUUUAUUUAAAUAAAUGUGUGUCUUAUUUUUAGAAUUUAUUUAUUGAAAAUGGCAUUUUUCGACUCUUUUGUUUCAGCUUUUGCUUCAAGUGUGACCUUAAUUGAGCUUAUUCAAUAAUUGCUGUUUACUAUUAUUAUCGUUAACAAUAUAAUUAUUAUUAUUAUUUAUGUUGUGACAUUUCAGGCCCUGUUAAGCAAAAUGAUCUAAACUCUUGGACGCCAUUGACAUCAUGACCAGUAACUUCAAGUUUUUAAAUCUUCAUAAAAUACUGAAGUAUAUUUUCCUCUGUGCAAGUCUGUGUCGACUUUGUAUUGCUGUUUGCUCCCUGCGGAAUAAUGGGAUCUUCAGCUGUGAUGUUAUAUUUACUGUCAUUGUGCUGAAUGUGGCAGCAAAAAUACAGAGUGUGAUAUACAUAAAAACUUAUAAUGUGUUACUUCAACCUCUGCCAUGGCUGAGCAAUGUUUACAUUGUCUAAUUUUUAGAAAAGGGGAAGAUCUCUGAGGAUUCUAUGGAAGCUUAUUACUGACAAAACUACUGGAGCAAAAAGAAACGUGGGGAAGACCCGGAGAUAAUCCCGCAAUCUGGCUUCAGCGCAACCUUUUACUUUCAGUCCUUGGUUUAUUUGGGAACUCAGUAAAGGGAUAGUUCACGUUUUUUUUAGGUGCAGUUCAGACAAGAUGAUAUGAGCAGUUAGUAUCUUACCUGUAGUAGAUAAUCCUCUUGACAAAUUCAUUUGAUGUGUAAAUCCAGAUUAUAUUGGUUGGGCUGACACUCAUGGCUAAUCCCAGAAGGGGAAAACUAAAGUGGAGUUCAUAAUGAUUCAUGGAGGAUUUUAAAAUCUUUUCAGGGACCACCAUGAUUAUUUAGACUGGAACUGGACGUGGGGGGCAUUGCAUCACCACUGGACUUCCUGUGGGAGACAGGGAGAGCUGAACUACAGAGACCAGAUCAAUAUAAAGCACAUAUACGUGAUGGAACACGUUAAAAUGGUUAAACUUGUUAAAAUUGUUAAAAUUCAGGUUUAAAUGAGUUUGAGAUUUUUUUAAAAAUAGGAAUCAAAUUAAUUUGCAACUUUAAUUAAUUCUUUUUUGUUUAAGACAACAUUAGUGAAUAGACAUGUAUGUGAACAUAAACAGUCACAAAAGUUGCAACUGUGUUCGUCCAUCUCUAAAAUAAACAGAAUGCCAUGGAGUUGUUUUCAUGCUCUUCUGCUUCAGGCAGUUCAGCACUGAAUUGACUAAGAAAGCAGAACAAAGUUUUUUAACACCAAUUAUGUUCUAAACCAAAUCAGUGUUUGCUGUUUGCUAUGCCUUUUAAUUUAACACCCUGUGGACUUUACUGAAAUUAUGUGCAAGCAAAUACUGGAGUUGAAAAGUUCAUGUCGGUAAAGCCGGUCUUAAGGCUGCAUAACAAAAACUGAACUAUAGCAGUUAAGCAAACAAUUUUUGUUUCAGGCAUUGGUUUCCUCACAGCUGGUAAACAGACUGAAUUUAAAACUCUACACUAGAGUCACAUUCACCCAGGAUAUUUAUACACCAAGGCACAUACUGGUAGGCAAUUUGGCAGGAAGAAGCUGGAAUUGAACCUACAACCUUCUGAUCACAAGACAACAUCUCUGCCUACAGAGCCAUAGGAAGAUCAUUUGUGAUGUGCUGCCUAUUGCUGCAAUUUCCAAUAUAAAUAACAGAAUGGAAACAUGACAAUAGUUCUAGGUUUAUAAAGUACAAUUGAGACUUUUUGAUUGCACUGAAGGUUCACUUCAUCUUGGUACCACUCUGACUAGCCAUUAGCUUUAGCCUCCAGGACCAUCCGAUCUGGGUUCAUAAUAAAUUAAGUCUUUUUGGGAUCUAUAGCAGGUCGAUGGAUUUAUGUAUUAAUUGCCUACAGACCUUUCUCACAACAAAAAUUCUGAAUAAUCCUUUGAAGGUACAUAUAGUAGUAAAAUGUUGUGUCUUUAAGGAUGACUAAUAUUUCUGUUUCAUCGGCCCUAGCCCGUUCAUCCUGUGUUCUCCAACGCUGACUCCCAGUGUGAAACACAACUGUGGGUUGUUUUUUUUCUGUGCUUUCUGUAUUUUGCCUUUGAUGAGCUUCCACUGAAUUCACAUGUCUGUUUACAUAUCAUGAGCUCUCAUGCACAGUCAUUUCGUAGCUGCAAACAACUAACCUUUCUACGGAGCGUCACCCCAGGUCAUUUUCUAAGACAAAUCAUUUCUAUUACUGUCUGCAGUCUUUUUGGUCAUCUGUCACUAUUUUGUUACAACCCUUGUACAGCACAAGUUUAACUAAGCAGUAAAAUAAAAACUGACAAUUUACUGACAUUGUUGAAACUG